AACGCGCGGGUGUGUGUCUCGGGUAAGAGGCUGUGUGACCAUCGGCCGCGUCGGCGUUAAAUAGCCCCUUUCCAAAGAAAAUGGACUCCUCACCCACGAACCGAAGCGUUCCUUUUUAAACGUUUUCGUUGCGGUGCCCAUCGUGCGUCUGUUCCAACUGAAGUGAAUCUUUCGGCAUUUAUUGAACAAUGGGCGAUCCAGCUGAAGGAAACGUGGACACCGAGUCCUGCAACGAAAUCGAGGACGAGAAGUCUGGCUCCGACUGCCAGUCGAUGCCCGCCUACAUGAACUCGGUUCUUCGGCGCCAGUAUCUGCAGGAAAUGGUCAAGUCUCUGCCGGCUCCGGUGCAAAAUCGGAUUGUGUUCCUGAAAAAUCUGCAAUUGGAGCACCUGAAGAUCGAGGCCGAGUUCUUCGAGGAGGUCUACAAGCUGGAGCAGAAGUACCAGGUCCAGUACCAGCCGCUGUUCGACAAGCGCAAGGAGGUCGUCGAGGGCAAGGUGGAUCCCGCCGAGGAGAAGCCCAAGUGGAAGGAGCCGGAGCCAUUGACCGACAACGAGAGCGAUGCAGAGCACUUCCGCGAAGCGCUGAAGAGUAUGAAAAGUAUUCCCCAGGAUGCCAAGGGCAUUCCCGGCUUCUGGCUGACGGUGUUCCGCAACACGGCCAUCCUCUCCGAGAUGGUGCAGCCCCACGACGAGCCUGCCAUGCGCAAGCUGAUCGAUAUCUCCAUCAAGUACGACAAUGGGCACUCGUAUACCUUGGAGUUCCACUUCGACAAGAACGAGUACUUCACCAACUCUGUCCUUACAAAACAGUACGUUCUGAAGUCCACCGUCGAUCCCGACGAUCCGUUCGCAUUCGAAGGCCCAGAGAUCUACAAGUGCACGGGGUGCACCAUCAACUGGGAGAAGAAGAUGAACCUGACUGUGAAGACCAUCCGCAAGAAGCAGAAGCACAAGGAGCGCGGCGCUGUGCGCACCAUUGUCAAGCAGGUCCCAACGGAUUCCUUCUUCAAUUUCUUCAACCCACCAGAGGUCCCAACCGACAAGGAAGAAAUUGAUGACGAAUCUCAGCAGAUACUGGCCACCGAUUUCGAAAUUGGUCACUUCUUGCGCGCCAGAAUUAUUCCAAAAGCUGUGCUUUACUACACUGGCGACAUUGUCGACGAUGAGGACGACGAGGAUGAGGAGGAGUUUGACGAGAAUGAAGAGGAUGAGUAUGACGACGAUGAUGCCCCGCCAGCAAAGGGCCCAAAGCCUGCCGGCAACAAGAAACAGUCGCCCAAUGACUGCCCGAAUCAGUAGGCAACUUGAUAUAUGGCUGGUUUACCGAUAUAAUGUAUAUACCUAAUUCAAAUUUGAUUUGAAAUAUAUUUUUGGUGAAUUAAAACUUAACUACAAACGAUAUGAGCUGAACUCUAAUAAAUCGCACACGAUAUUUUAA